AGAACAGCCUGAGUUCUGGAUCUCUACUGGAGUUCUGCAGAAAACAUUCUUUACCGAACCCUGAAUGGGUCCUGAUGACAUCACAUCCUCUCCUAUCAGCUACGCCGCCUAAAAAGUUAAGAGACAAAGAUCACCCGCGCUGCACUGCACCGCCCCGAGGACGAUGGCCGCGUCUCCUGCACUGCUCCUCCUGCUCAGCCUCACGCUCUGCUGCACCAGCACCCAGGGACAGAGGGACACAGUGGUGAUCAGGUUCCAAAACAGGAAUAUGAAGCACCCCCAGGAGGGACAGCGGCUGCAGCUGGAGUGCCGGACAUACAGAACAACCUGGGGAGCCUCCUGGGUCCGCCUGGACAAGAAUGGGAACCUUCACUUCAUCGUCUCCAGUAACUCUCUGCAUAACACAGUCUUUCAUGGGAAUACGAGAAUGUCUCCGCACUUUGAGGCAUCAUGGAAAGACAACACCUUUUGGCUGGUGGUGAAGUCCUUCAGGGCACAGGAUGAGGGCAUCUAUUUCUGCAUCUCCAAAAUCAACCAGGUGCUCUCCUUCAGCUCUGGACAACCCGCCUUCCUCCCAGUCGCAAUCACUGCAGCACCCACCACACCCGCUGCCACCACCCACAGCAGCCAGGUCACCAGCAAGGACAUCUCCUGGCACAGCCCACAUCCAGCCGAACCCACCACACCCACUGCCAUCAUCCAGAGCAGCCACGUCACCAAGAAGGACAACUCGCAACGGGGCGCGGAUGCAGAAACAAGUAUCGAGAACAAGCUGAAUUCUACCUGUGAAGUUUUCCUCUGGGUUCGAGUGGCUGGCACCUGCCUCCUGCUCCUCACUGCCAUAACCAUCACCAUCACGCUCUGCCAAAGUAAGUCGCACCCUCACACCCUGCAGAGCUUCCUGCAGCCUCACACCAAAGAGCACAGCCCGCUCCUCCAGGGGAAUGGCCUCUCUGCCUAUUGCCCACACGCAGCCAUUGCGUAUCCAGGACACUUUCUGCAAAUGCAGAAGGACCGCUCUUAAAAUCCUUUUCUAUGUAUUCCCAUCUCCAGGUUUAGCAUGAGAAUUAUUUAUCAAAUUCUACAAUAGCAGAAAAUACAAUAUAAACAGGGAAACCUUAUUCUAACAAACGGCAUUGUCUCUACCAUCCUGAAAUCCAUAUAUCAGGGUUGGAAGUACCAGAACCCAAAGCACUGUGAAAUAACAGGAGAAACAUGCUUCACUGUGGGUCUUGCUAAUCCAAAUGCCAAUGCUGGCAACAGCAGCUGGAGCUACAGCCAAAUUACCUCCUUAAUUACACUCAUUCAGAGGCUGCUAUGCUGAAAGCAGUGAGGCUACUCUUCCAGGAAGGCAAAAGCUUUGCCACAAUUUCAUGUGUGAAAUCUUUCAUUUGCCCCAAGAAAACAAACAGUGCAAAGCUAUGCUUCAGUGACAGCAUUUCUCUUUUCCCCCCUCCAGCUGGAACAAAGCUUGUGAUUUCAGAGUCAGUACUGAAACUUUCAGUCAACUUUCACUUCUUCCAUAACAAGGAGAUCAAAUGUU